GGAGCGCAGCCAGAUGGGAGGUGCUAGAGUGAGAGAGUGCGACCCGGAAGUGUCUACUGGGCGAGGCCUUAGAGCGUUUCCGGCAGCUGAGGAGGCCGGAGCUGGGGAGAAGAGCGGGGUUAGGCCCAGGCAGCGGCCCGAGCUGGUACCUGAAGCGAUGUGAGGAGAGAAGUGGUUCAUUGUUACCGGGGUAGUUACCUGUGCAGAAGACAACAUGGACAGCAACAGCUACAUUCAGUUUGAUGUGCCGGAGUACAGCAACACUGUUCUGAGCCAACUGAACGAGCUGCGGAUGCAAGGGAAACUAUGUGACAUUGUUGUCCAUAUUCAGGGCCAGCCGUUCCGAGCACACAAGGCCGUGCUGGCCGCCAGCUCUCCCUACUUCCGAGACCAUUCGGCACUAAGUAACAUGAGUGGCUUAUCUAUAUCUGUUAUCAAGAACCCCAACGUCUUUGAGCAGUUGCUUUCCUUCUGCUACACUGGAAGGAUGUCGGUGCAAUUAAAGGACGUUGUAAGCUUUCUGACUGCAGCCAGCUUUCUUCAGAUGCAGUGCGUCAUUGAUAAAUGCACCCACAUACUAGAGACCAUUCAUUCAAAAAUCAGCGUCGUGGAGGUCAACUCUGUACCCGGCGAAGACGGGUUAAACGGUCAGAAUGGUGUCAAAGAUGACGGCUAUUUUGCCAACCCGGUGGAAAUAUCCCCUCCUUAUUGCGGGACAAUUCGACAGACUAUCAUAGGCGGCGAUUCCAAGAUGGAAGUCAUAUCAAGUAAGAUGCUAAGAAGCCGUUCCCAAGAAGAGGGCCACUCUGAUAGAGGAAGCAGCGGUAGUAUCUCGGAACAUGAGGUUCAGAUUGAAGGCGACCCUGACCAAGUAGACAUUAGAGAUAACCAAAUCACUGAGGUUAAAGUAAAAGCUGAGAAAUCUGACAGGCCGAGUUGCUCUGAUAGCUCUUCUCUUGGCGAUGAUGGCUACCACACGGAAUUGGUUGAUGGAGAACAAGUGGUGGCUGUGAAUGUAGGUGGCUAUGGGUCUGUGUUGCAACACAAAUAUCCCUAUUCACAAGCUGCUUCCCAAACUAGCAACCUGUCAGAGUCCUAUGGAAAUAUAAGUAACUCAAGUCCUUCCAGGUCAAUGCUGAACUGUUAUCGCGGGGGACGGGCACGGCAGAAGAGAACGUCCAGCGUGCCCGGCGAUAUACAAAAUGUCGUUCAAAGUUCCGAAAAUGAAACGGUGGUGAGCACCCCAAGCUACGAGACCAGUCCACGUGAAAGAACUAGCAGAGGCUACUGGCACCCCUACAGCGAAAGACUUAUCUGCAUCUACUGCGGCAAGACUUUCAACCAAAAGGGAAGCCUCGACCGACACAUGCGCCUGCACAUGGGAAUUACCCCCUUUGUGUGCAAGUACUGCGGGAAGAAAUACACACGUAAAGACCAGCUAGAAUACCACAUACGAGGGCACACAGACGACAAGCCCUUCAAAUGCGAGGUGUGCGGCAAAUGCUUUCCCUUUCAAGGCACUCUGAAUCAACACUUACGGAAAAACCACCCCGCUGUGGCAGAGGUCAAAAGCCGAAUUGAGUCGCCCGAGAGAACAGACGUGUACCUGGAGCAGAGUAACGAUGCUUCUGAAACAAAUAUUGACUCAAAUGUUGAAAUUCAUACAGCGUCUACCAGCCCCGAAUAACCGUUAUGUUGCCACGAGGGGGGCACAGUGUACAAAGCACAUACAUAACAUUAAUCAAUGCAUAGUUUUCCUCUCAGCUUCUUUGGUGAUGUCUCUUUCUAACAAAGAGAGCAACUUAUCAUGAUUUUUUGGGGGCAGGGAAUGGUUCUUGAUAAAAUGGAAACUGUAUAGGAAUUUUGGGAGAUACACUAAUAAUUUAGGUUUCCUUUUAAGUUUUGGCCUUUUUUUUUUUUUUUUUUUCUUUUAAAUUGUCCUUUUUGCUUUUUUAAGGAGACAGGGUACUUUUGCACUCCCGAAGAAGCGUUAAAAAAAGGGGGGGGCGGGGUUGGGGAAUGUGAAACAAUUUGGUGAUUUGAUACUAUUUUAACAAAACUCAAGUUUUUUGUGAGAAAUUCUGUAUAAUGUACAGCUUGAGGAUACCUGUACUGCCAAGGUGAAAAUGUUGCCUUUACCAAUACAAACACCAGGUUAUCAAACCUGCACUUAGUGGUCAUGGGGUUGGUGCUUCACCGUUUGACAGGUUUUCUAGCUUCAUUGUAAACAUAUCUGUUAAUCUUCCGGUUUUAUUUUCAGCAAUGAAGAGCUGUGCAAGCUCAUAUUCAAUCUUGAGUAGCUGUUAACUCAUUUUAAAUCUUGGCGGCCAUAAUGGUACCCACUGCAGAUCUUAAAUUCAACGCAUAGUUCAGAUUCUUCUUGAUUUUUGACAGUGAAACCAUGGUCUGUUUUUAUUUUAUAGCUCGUCUUCUAGCCUGAGUAGCUGCUGCCUGUUUUAGGAUCAGGGGUCAUAAUGGUGCCCUUUGCAUAUCUUCAUUUUAAUGCAUGGUACAAUUUUGUUGAAUUCCGGACAAUGAAGACUUGUUCAGCUCUAAUUUUGCAACUCUUGCCUGAUAAAGGUGUCCUAACUGUGGCCUUGGCAGGUCAUCAUUUUGUUUUUAUAGCUCUUUUGCCCAAAGAAGCUGAAAAAAUGGUGGUCAAUAGAAAUCUCCAUGCAGUAAUGUUGUAGUGAAAAAGUGAACCGGGUUUGCUUUGGAGUCUGGUUCAGUGCAUGGCAUCAAUUUUAAACGUGAGCAGUAGUCUGCCUUAGUUGCUUCUGUUUAAUUGGUUAUUUCUUUCUUCUGAUUUCUGGUUAUUUCUAUCCGCUUCACUUUCUACAGUGCUUUGUAAUGGUCCUAAAGUGUAAAGGGCUGCGGCAGAGCUAGAUUGGGAUGACUGCUGCCCUUGCUUGGGCAGUUCCUGUAAGACUGAAACUUAUUGGUCUGUAAAUUUUAGGCACUGCAUACUUUGAGUGAUGCACAUUUUCCGAAAGCGAACCUUAAUACCUCUGCAGCUCUACAUACCUGACCCCGAUGCCAUAACUAUACUAGUAGGUAGACAUAUUGGUUUCUCUCAGUGACGGGAGAGGUAGAAGCUGGAAUUUGUGGUGCUGAUAUUUAAUUAUAAUUUUUAUCACAAUUUUGUAGGGUUUUCAAGUUCAUUUUGUGUGUGUAUACAUUGCAUUUUCUUUUAGGCCCAUUAGUCGUUUAUUUUGUAGGAAAGGCACCAUGUACACCCACAUGCUUGGGUGCUUCCUAUGCAUGGUAACACUGCUUAAUGGAUUGUACUCUAGCACUAUGAAGGAAAAGGGAGCUUUCAUUUUUACUGUGCUGAGAAUACCUCUUAAAGUCUUUAAAAUGGCUAAAAUAUUGUUCCCUUUUCCCCUCGCAUUAAAGCCAACAAGACCUCAUGAGAAGCUAUUUCAAGACUAACUUUAGUUGCAUAACCUAAAUUUCCUUUAAUCCUCUUUAUAUUUUCUUGUACAUAGCCACUUCCUUUUUUUUUUAAAGAUAGAUUCGGUGAACCGAAUGUCGGAUUUUACACUUUUAUUGUGGUACUACUUCUGAAUUAGGUCUGUACAAUGUAUAAAUGUGAAACCCAAAGGUAUUGGAAUUUCUUUCCCUAAAUGGACCUCUAGUUUCACGGCAGCCCCACUUGCCGCUGCCAUAUAGUUCCUUGCUCCCGAUGAAGUAGAUUUUUUUAAAGAAUGACAAUUUUUGUAAUUCUUCGAACAUUUUUGAUAGAGAUUUUAGUUUACCAAAGAGGGAGGAGGUUAUUUCAGUCAUUUGUUUUGGCUUGUCCCACAAGGAGGCAGACAAGAUGCAUCAGCUUUUCCACUGUCUGUUUACAGUGGGAAAAAAGCCAGUAUAGUUUUAUAUGAAAUUAUUUGCAUGAACGACGCAGCAGAUGUUGAUAUAUUGUUUUAUCAUGCCUUGGCUAUUUCUCUUGGACAAAACGUCAAUGAUUUAGUCUUUGCCGAGUCCCAUGUCAGCCACUGAUUUCAAAGUUUAAAUACAAGUUCUUUGUUUGC